UGCUGCCAAGUGCGUCCCCAGUGCCCGUACGGCCCCGCUCCGGCUCGCAGCUCAGUCCGGAGAGGUGCGGGGGUACGGGUGGGGUACCCCGCCGCCCCUCACCGUCGUGUCCGGGCUCCUCCGUGCCACAGGGACAGGGAGGAGGAUGCGGAGGAUCGGUAGCGGCGAGGAGAAGGGCUGCGUGUUGCUUAACGGCACUUAGGAGCGGGGGGAGAUGGCCCCGCUGCUGUCCCUGGGGCUGGUGGCCCUGCUCGGCAUGGCCCGGGCGUGCCCCGAGCCCUGCGCUUGCGUGGACAAGUACGCCCACCAGUUCGCAGACUGCGCCUACAAGGACCUUCAAGUGGUGCCCACGGGCUUGCCCUCCAAUGUGACCACCCUCAGCCUUUCGGCCAACAAGAUCACCUCGCUGCAGCGGCGUUCCUUCGUGGAAGUGACCCAAGUCACCUCCCUCUGGUUGGCGCACAAUGAGAUCCGUUCCAUUGAGCCCGGUACCUUCGCUGUCCUCGUGCAGCUGAAAAACCUUGACAUCAGCCACAACCAGAUUGUGGAUUUUCCCUGGCAGGACCUCUACAACCUCAGCGCUCUCCAGCUGCUCAAGAUGAACAAUAACCACAUGGCCCUGGUGCCUCAGGGGGCUUUCCACACCCUGAAGGACCUCCGGUCUCUACGCAUCAACAACAACAAGUUCACCGCCCUUGCAGAGGGUAUCUUUGACUCACUCACGUCCCUCUCCCACCUGCAGAUCUACAACAACCCCUUCAACUGCUCCUGCAAGCUCCAGUGGCUGAAGAAGUGGAUGGACAGCACGCUCAUCUCCAUCCCCGAAAAGGACUCCAUCACUUGUGCCGUCCCAGAGCAGCUCCGAGGAGUGCCGGUGGGGAAGAUCCCGGACGUGCAGUGCGCCUCACCCACCGUGCAGCUCACCUAUUAUCCCAACCUGGACACCACGGAGCUCUUUGACGGCUUCACCCUGACGCUGCACUGUGCAGUGACAGGCACCCCGCCGCCCGAAGUGAGCUGGAAGAUCCGCACCUCCAGCCAAACCCUGGAGCUGAGCGGGAGCCCGAAGGAGAGCGCUGGGAAGGAUCUCCCCAAACAGGACCCUGAGCGCUUCUUGGUCUUCAAGAAUGGCACGUUGGUAAUUCCUCACCUGAGCAAGCGGGAAGAAGGCACCUACACCUGCCUGGCUGCCAAUGAAAUGGGGAGGAACCAGACCUCGGUCAACGUGGUUGUGGCAGGUACCCAGAAAUACCCGCUGCAGCCUGGGAGAGACCCACUGGGGGGUAAAGCACAACCAGGUGACAAGAAGCCUGGGGCCAAGGGAGCAAAGAACAGUGUGCUCAUGCCAGAUGAGAGGAACAAACCGCUCGGUCCCACCCGGCAGAGCCAACCAUCCUUGGUGGCUGGGACGGAGUCCACAGGAGAUGAGCAAGUCCCUUUCCAGCUUCCACCCUUUGAGAAGAAAUGUGGCUCCACGCAAACCAGCAAGUACAUUUCCAACCAUGCCUUCAACCAGAGCGGUGACUUCAAGCAGCACACCUUUGACCUGGGGGUGAUCGCCUUAGAUGUUUCAGAGCGUGAUGCCCGGGUGCAGCUCACGCCCACCUAUAUGCAGCCUGAGAAAGUCCAUCUCAGGAUGCUCUACCUGUGCCAGGAGAGCAGCCAGGGCCAUGCCUUGGUCCAGUGGUCCAAGAUCGAGGAAGGGGUGAACUCGUACUGGUUCCAGGGCUUGAACCCUGGCACCAACUACUCCGUGUGUCUCACCUACCUGGGGGAGGACUGCCAGGUUCAAGUGGUGUUCACCACCAAAAAAGAGAUCCCUUCGCUUAUCAUCAUCGUGGUUGUGAGCAUCUUCUUGCUGGUGCUGGCCACCUUACCCCUUAUGGGUGCCACAUGGUGUCACCUCCUCUCCAAGUACCAAGGGAAGACCUACAAGCUCAUUAUGAAGGCCCAGAACCCGGACCAGAUGGAGAAGCACAUGGCUGCCGACUUUGACCCCCGUGCCUCCUACCUGGAGUCUGAGAAGAACUACAAUCCCAGUGAGGUGGGGGAAGCAGAUGUAGAGGAAGAAGAUGAGGAGGAGGAGGAGGACGAUGAAGGCAGCAGGCAGCGGAGAAGGAGAGAUGCUGAAGAGGCUUUGGAGCUGGAGCGAGAGGAGAGCGUGGCAGCCAGCUCCAUGGUGGAGUCGCAAUCCAAAGCCAACGGUGAGGAGUUCGAGGUCCGCUCCGAGUACAGCGACAAGCUGCCGCUGGGUGCGGAGGCCGUCACCAUCUCCCAGGAGAUCAACGGCAACUACCGGCAGCGCCCUCGCUGAGCCCCCCUGCAUCCCCUCUGCACCCCCUCCCUGUUCCCCACCUCCCCCCGGCCCUCCCUCUGCCUCCCAGGGCACCGCCACUGCUUUUCCACCGAAGCAUCCUCAGCGAUGCCCACCUGACCUUCCUCCUCCUCUUCCUCCUCCCUCAGGUGGCAGGUCCCGAGGGAAGGGACUUGGCCCCGGGGAUGCUCGAUGCGGGCGGGAUGUUUCUCCCCGGAUUUCGUUGCCGUUCUGUUACUGGCCGGCUGUGCUCCGGGCUCGGCGGCGACAUCGCAACGAUUCCCGGUCCCCCGCUCGCCUCUGCCCUCCGCUCUCUCCGUAUUUUCUUUUCCCUUAAAGGAGAGAAACGAAAAAAAUGAGGAAAAAUGGGUAAAAGAAGAAAAAAAAAACAACGAUAUCCUAAAACCUUUUUUUUUUUUUUUUUCCUGGAAACGUUUCAGUCCGCGGCGGGUCCGAUCCCGCCGCUCCCUCGGUUCCCGGUGAGUCCCUCCCGCUCCCCGGUGCGGUCCUGCCGCUCCCCGGUCCCACCCCGCCGAGCUCCGGUCCGACUCCGCCGGGCUGCGGUGCGAACCCCGCGGCAGCCCGGUGCCGGCCCCACCUCUCCUCGGCGUUAUCCUCCCGCACCCGUUCCCGGUGGGUCCCGGGGUUCCGCGGUCCCUGCGGUGCUCUCCGUUCCUCGGUGGGUUCCAUGGCCUCCCGGUGCGCUCCCCGGUGCUCUCCCCGCCGCACCGUUCAGCGCCCGGCAGGGCUGGGCAGCUUCCCCCUUCCCGGUCCCAUCCCGUCCCUCCCCGGCCCGGCGGGGCCCCUCGAUGUGUGUUGGGUAGAGUAGCCUUGUAGCAAAGUGUCUGUGCCGUAGAUGCGCCCGUGAUACAGGCGGCUGGAGGGGCCCGAUCCCGGGAGGCGAAGGGUCGCCCCCCACCCCUCAUUCCGGUCUCUGGGAGCCCCGGGGCUGGUGAGAGCCGCGGGCGCCUUCCUGCGAGCUUCUGUUUGUGAAAAGAGUCAAUAAAAGGGAUUGAAAGUGGA